AGAACAAUCAACUUUUAAAUAAUUGUUUCAAAAUCGCCUUCGAUUCCCGAAUUCCAUUUCUCCACUGACGCCAUCCAAUUCAAGUCUUGUUGGCUACUUCGCGAAUGGAAAUUUGUACAUUGCCAAUGUCAUCAGCCAUCCGCUAGAAGUGGGAGGAAAGUAGGAAACGCCCAUCUGCGACUCCAUUUAUGAUCUGAGCGACGAGCAGAAGCUGCGAGAGGUGACAUAUUUCACCGAAUACUCUUGUUUUUCUACAUUUCUCCAAAGGUUUGGUGGCAAUUACUUAUUGCAUUCGUAAGAACAGUGAAAUUUCUUGCGUUUCGUACUGGUAAAUCCCGACGAGUAAGUUUUCUCUUGUAUUAUUGCUGUUAUUUGCUAAUCCCAGUAAUAAUUUCGCGGAAGUGGAUUGUGUUUUCAUUUAAUUUAAUUAAGGCACCGAUCGUUUGAUUUAAUUUGGUGAAAAUGCUCAUUUUUCCGGAUUAGAGUCAAGCUGGAUUUCGUCUUCCUGAACUUCCAUGUCUUUUGAGGUCUCACCAUGAUUAUCAUGAGUUAUUGAAGUUUCUGGUUGUUUUUCCGGUUAGGAUUGCCUUUCACAUUAUCGCUUCGAUAUAACUGUUUCUUUGCUUCAAUGGUCUUAUUUAAGCGUUUUCAUAUUUUUAUGUGCAAAAUGAUUAUUCUCUUGUUGACUUACUGGAUUGGCAGGUUUUUUAAAAUCCCAAGGGCAGUUUGAAGAAUGGUCUGUAAAUUCUCCACAAAGUUUUUGAAUAUUUGUGUCGCCUCAUAUUGUAAAUCUCGGCAAAUGCAGAAAGCUGAAGCUGUCAUAAUAGAUGGUAUACGUUUAGGAGUUCUCCCGGAUGUAGUGACUUACAAUACGUUGCUUGAUGGAUAUUGUCGGUUUAUCGGCAUGGAUGCGGCUUAUUCUGUUAUUUAUAGAAUGAGAGAAGCUGGUAUAAGCCCAGAUGUCAUUACUUACAAUUCUUUGAUAGCUGGGGCAACCAGGAAUUGCUCAUUGGAACAGUCCCUUGAUCUGUUCGAAGAAAUGCUUCAAUCAGGUAUCACUCCUGAUAUAUGGAGUUACAACACUUUGAUGCAUUGUUUCUUCAGAUUAGGAAAGCCGGACGAAGCCAAUAGAGUUUUCAAGGAUAUUAUACUUAAAGACCUCUCUCCUCAUCCGGUUACGUUUAAUACAAUGAUUAAUGGCCUUUGUAAAUAUGGAUAUACAAGCAAUGCCAUAAUGUUGUUCAGAAAUUUACAACGCCAUGGAUUUGUUCCUCAAUUAGUUACAUAUAAUAUUCUUAUUAAUGGUCUUUGCAAGGUGGGUAGGUUGAAGGCUGCUAGAAGGAUGCUCAAUGAGGCCAGGGAUUCGGGUCUUGAGCCUGAUGCUAUAACAUACACUACAUUAAUGAAAAGCUGCCUUAGAUCUAGGCAAUAUAAACAUGGAUUUGAGAUUUUCUUUGAGAUGAAGAACAAAGGAUAUGCUUUUGAUGGCUUUGCUUACUGCACGGUUAUUGGUGCUUUUUUAAAGUUGGGUAGGUUCGAAGAGGCAAAUGUUUGCAUGGAACAAAUGAUAAGGAAUCGCAUGGGGAUUGAUUUAGUUUUUUAUAACACAUUUAUUCAUUUGUACUGUAAAGAGGGUAAGUUGGAUGCAGCAUAUAAGUUGUUGGAUGAGAUUGAGUCACGGGGACUAGAAUUUGACAACUACACACAUACUAUAAUAACUGAUGGGCUGUGCCGGGCUGGCAAUAUUGAUGGGGCCCGGCGACAUUUGAAUUACAUGUAUACAACAGGCUUAGCUUCAAACUUGGUACCCUUAAAUUGUCUAAUUGACCGGUUGUGUAAGGCUGGACAAAUUGACCAUGCAAUGAAAUUGUUUGAAUCAAUGGAAACAAGGGAUUCUUUUACCUACACCUCUUUGGUGCACAAUCUUUGCAAGGCGAGGAGAUUCCGUUGUGCAUCAAAGUUAUUGCUUUCGUGUAUAAGAGGUGGCAUGAAAGUUCUUAAGUCCACACAACGAGCAGUUAUUGAUGGUCUUUGUUCUUCAGGAUUUACAAGUGAAGCGAGGAAGCUUAAAUCAAAGUUACAUCUGGCUCGGCUCUUUCAUUGACUGCCUGAAUUUGAAUGCUAUACCAGAUCCAAAAAUGGCUUUAACUUUGGAAACCAAAUGAUUUGGUUCAAGGGUAAUGCAAGCAUCAAGUGCCAUUAGUUCGCCCUUCAGCUGCAUGCUUCACUGUUAAGAUAUUUAACUUUAACACUACGAAUGUUUUGAAGAUCUCAGGACAUUGAUUGGCUAUCACCGAAAAUGGUAUCAUGGAAACUGAGUUAUGUAUUUGAAAAUUAUAUGGGAUGUGUUUGAUUGGUGGACUCUGCCUUUAUCAAACAAUUAAACUGAUGCAGUUUCUGGAAGGGCAUGUCGGUCCUGUUGACCUUGUUCAAAGCUGACUACAAGUCCUUAGUUGCUUUGGUUGGACAUCCAGGUUUAUUUUAUCACAUCAUACUGCAAAAAUUUCAGCAUGUUCUUGAGAGUGGUUUGUGGAUAAUCUUAUGGCCUCCAGCUCCUCUUACAAAUUCAGAUUGAGAACUUUUCUGUUUACGCACAUGUCCUCAGUAGCAUGGGUCAGGCACUUCAUUUCUGGUUUAUUUGAUGAUGGGAUGUCCGAGAAAAGUCAUCACUCAUCAUCCAAAGAAAUCUAGACGAAAGAACCAUGGGAGGAGGAAGGCUAGAACUGUGCAUGUUAAUAAGAAAUUACAGAAGCGCUGCCCCCAGCAACAUGAUAGUGAAUCGUCGCUGUCCAAGGACACUGUGGAGACUGUUGAGCUUGCUACCAACCUCCUUUCAUUCCGCUGUAUCAUGAAACCGCCGCUCCUGAUUCCCCUUACGUUUGUUGCAGUCUGACCACAGAUUUCACACUGUCUAUCAUGAGAAAGGGAUGAAAUUGGAUUGGAGUUGAAGUCAUCAUAAACUGUUGUGAGAAUGGUGAAGAGAGAAGAAGAUAUAGAUCAUAGAAAUUUUACCUGUUGCCUCUAUGCAUAAACCAAAUCUCAGCACAGUCACGGUGGGAAAUUCCGAGCUCAUCUUUGCAGCGACAUCCGAGUUGUAUGAGAUCUGAAGCUAUUGACUGAUGUUCAGAACUCAAAUGGCAUAUCCUGCAAACUUUUUCUUCACUAGAAUCUUCACCAUCCACUGACUCACCACUGCUUUUUAUAUCAAUGAUGCAGUUAUGGUGGCUCUCUUUCGAUUCCUCUCCAUGCCUCUUGCCAGCCUCAUUCUCAUUGUGGUUCUGCACCACCCCUCCGGUUACUUCUUUUGCUUCUUGAGGUCUCGGUGGCAAUGCAAGAACUGUCACAGAUUCAUCUCGAUUUGGUGUCCCGCUUGAUCCUUCAUCUUGUUUGAUCAUAUCGAUGUUUCGUCUCGAAGAACGAGUUUACAUUUCAGAGGCAGGCAUCCCAGAAUUUCGAGACACCAUACUACUGAAGCAAAACGGUGACAGGUGGAUGAACUUCCCGGAAUUAAAGAAGGAAACCCAAGGCUGUUACAAAUGCUUCAGUCUGCUCCAGGUUGCAAAAUUCAGCAGCAUCCCAUGAAUUUCAGCUCGGUUCUAAAGAAACAAGUACGAAAUGAAUGACACAAAGUUGUCAGAAUAAAUGGGCGAGAAUCCGAGAGA